AUGCCAAAGGUGUUCCCAUCUGCUCACCACGGUUAUUGCUUACAACAGUUGAAGAACAACUUAAGAGACCAGAUGAAGGGAAUUGAUAAUGGAUUUAGGGACCACCUCGUUAGUAGUUUGGGUGUCUGUGCUUACGAGCCAACUAUGGUAGGGGGCAUGCGUUAUGGGGAGAUGACAUCCAAUGCGGCAGAGUCAUUUAAUAAUUGGAUUAAAGAAGCACGCAAUCUUUCUAUCACUCAGAUGGUGGACAAAAUUCGUACUAAGUUGAUGCGGCAAAUGUCUGCACAGCAUGACCAAGCAAACAUGUGGAAUGAGCUUAUUUGUUUUACAUUCGAAACAAUGCUUCUUCAUUCAUUCAAUGACAGCAGGUCUUGGCACGUGAGCAAAGCCAAUGGGGAUGUGUUUGAGGUUUAUUCUAUACCAUCUGUUACAGUUGAUAUUGCAAGACAGACAUAUCGUGCAGCCUAUUCGGGUGCUAUAUUCCCUAUGCCGUCGGUAGAAAAACCGUCUUUUGAUCCCACGGACUUCACUAUAUACCCACCAACUGUGAAAAGACCACCCAGCAGGCUGAAAAAGAAUAGAAUCCCAUCAAGGGGUGAAAAACUGAAGCAAAUAAGGUGCAGGAGAUGUGAUAAGUUGGGAAGCCACAAUCGAAAAUCAUGCAAGGAGCCGAUAUAG